AUGUCCCAAAAACGACCUUCGUGGCUAACUCUGAAUUUUUCAAAAACCUAUUACGAUUCACAAACUCUCUCCGAUGAGGAUAUUCUUUUAUUGACUGGAAAAUACUGGCUCAAUGAUAACAUGAUCAAUUUUUAUUUUCUUUAUUUGGAAAAUGAAAAAUAUAAAAAGUAUCAGAAUGAAUAUUGUUUCAUGGCUCCCUCUGUUUCAUUUUGGGUUUCCAUGAUCGAUGAUGAACAAGAUAUUAAAGCAUCAUUGGAUCCAUUAAAAGUCCAAGAAAAGAAAUUAAUAUUUAUUCCGAUUAAUGAUAAUACAGAUAUUGAAGCAGUGAAUGGCGGAGGCUCACAUUGGAAUCUUGUUGUAUUUGAGAGGAGAAACAAUACACAAGAAAAGAGUAAAUUUUACUAUUAUGAUUCUGGUGGAAACAUGAAUAAGAGAGCUGCACAGAGAUGUAUUGAAAAGAUGGCUCCACAUUUUGGAGAGUCUGGUUUGGAUGCAAAAUUGAUUGCCAAGAAUGCCCCUCAACAGAAUAAUGGUUAUGACUGUGGAAUGUAUGUGGCAGCUAUGAGUGACUACAUUGCAGAACAUGGAGUUUCAGAUUCAAACAUUGAAAAGGUACUCACUCCCUCUUUCAUCACACAAUUCAGAAAAGACAUGUUGGAUUUAGUCGAAAAAAAGACAAAGGAAGAACCUUAA